AAGUGUUGAACCCUCAAACGGCAACGGAGCUUGGAUGCGUGUCCGGGUGGAGUGACACGUGUGGGCAGGACACAUCCAGGGGGAACCCAAAAAGAGCCAACGGGAUUUUUAAUUUUCUGACUUUUAUCAUUUAUUUUUUAAAAUAAUUGGGAUUUGAGCACUUAAGUUCUCAUUUCAUUUCCCCCAAAAGAAGCAAAAUGGGACGCGGAGAAGGUCGGGAACAGUAUGAGCUGGCAGCCACCUCAGAACAGGGGGGCAAGAAAUCCAAGUCAAAGGGCAAGAAGGACAAGGAUAAAGAUAUGGAUGAACUCAAAAAGGAAGUUGACUUGGAUGAUCACAAGCUGACGCUAGAAGAACUCAACAGGAAGUAUGGCACUGAUCUAACAAGGGGGCUGACUGCUGCUCGUGCAAAGGAGAUCCUUGCACGUGAUGGACCCAAUGCUCUGACGCCCCCUCCCACGACCCCAGAAUGGGUGAAAUUCUGCAAACAGCUCUUUGGUGGCUUUUCUACUCUACUGUGGAUUGGAGCUAUACUUUGUUUCUUGGCUUAUGGAAUUCAAGCAGCCUCAGAAGAUGAACCAGCAAAUGAUAAUUUGUACCUGGGUAUUGUGCUGUCUGCAGUGGUGAUGAUCACUGGGUGCUUCUCCUACUAUCAAGAAGCUAAAAGCUCAAAAAUCAUGGAUUCCUUCAAGAACCUUGUACCUCAGCAAGCCUUGGUUGUCCGUGAUGGUGAAAAGAUGAGCAUAAAUGCUGAGGACGUAGUCGUUGGAGAUCUUGUGGAGGUUAAGGGAGGAGACAGAAUUCCUGCUGAUUUGCGUAUUAUUUCUGCUCAUGGAUGCAAGGUGGAUAACUCCUCCCUGACUGGUGAAUCUGAGCCCCAGACACGAACUCCUGACUUCUCCAAUGAAAAUCCCCUGGAGACAAGGAACAUUGCCUUUUUUUCCACCAACUGUGUUGAAGGUACUGCUAGAGGUAUUGUCAUCAACACUGGUGAUCGCACUGUCAUGGGCCGUAUUGCUACUCUUGCGUCUGGUCUUGAAGUUGGCCGAACCCCCAUUUCUAUAGAAAUUGAGCACUUUAUCCACAUUAUCACUGGCGUAGCUGUUUUCCUUGGCGUGUCCUUCUUUAUUCUCUCCCUGAUUCUUGGAUACAGCUGGCUGGAGGCAGUCAUCUUCCUCAUCGGUAUCAUCGUUGCUAAUGUGCCAGAAGGUCUCUUGGCUACUGUAACUGUUUGCCUGACUUUAACUGCCAAACGUAUGGCAAAGAAGAACUGCCUUGUGAAGAAUCUUGAAGCUGUUGAGACCCUUGGCUCCACCUCAACCAUCUGCUCGGACAAGACUGGAACCCUGACCCAGAACCGUAUGACUGUGGCUCACAUGUGGUUUGACAACCAGAUUCAUGAAGCUGACACCACAGAGAAUCAGAGUGGAACCUCUUUCGACAGAAGCUCUGCCACUUGGGCUGGUCUGGCUCGAAUUGCAGGCCUGUGCAACCGUGCUGUAUUCCUUGCUGACCAAGACAACAUUCCAAUCCUCAAGAGGGAUACAGCUGGUGAUGCCUCAGAGUCUGCCCUCCUGAAGUGUAUUGAACUCUGCUGUGGUUCAGUGAAGGACAUGAGAGACAAAUACACAAAGAUUGCUGAGAUCCCUUUCAACUCCACCAACAAGUACCAGUUGUCCAUCCACAAGAACCCUAAUGAGGGAGAGAGCAAGCACCUGCUAGUAAUGAAGGGAGCUCCUGAGAGGAUCCUGGACCGGUGCUCAACUAUUGUGCUUCAGGGAAAAGAACAGCCCCUAGAUGAUGAGAUGAAGGAUGCUUUCCAGAAUGCUUACUUGGAACUGGGUGGCUUAGGAGAGCGAGUGCUGGGUUUCUGUCACUACAGCCUUCCUGAUGACCAGUUUCCUGAGGACUUCCAGUUUGACACAGACGAUGUGAACUUUCCAACUGAGAACUUGUGCUUUGUUGGCCUCAUGUCUAUGAUUGAUCCACCACGUGCUGCUGUGCCUGAUGCUGUUGGCAAGUGCAGAAGUGCUGGAAUCAAGGUUAUCAUGGUCACUGGUGAUCAUCCAAUUACAGCAAAGGCCAUUGCUAAGGGUGUGGGUAUCAUCUCUGAGGGCAACGAGACUGUCGAGGACAUUGCUGCUCGUUUGAACAUUCCUAUCAAUGAAGUCAACCCCAGAGACGCCAAGGCUUGUGUGGUCCAUGGUGGUGAUUUGAAGGACCUGACCCCUGAACAACUGGAUGAUGUCUUGAAACAUCACACUGAGAUUGUGUUUGCAAGAACAUCUCCUCAACAAAAGCUGAUUAUUGUGGAAGGCUGUCAGCGCCAGGGUGCCAUUGUGGCUGUGACUGGUGAUGGUGUGAAUGAUUCUCCUGCUCUGAAGAAGGCUGACAUUGGUGUAGCUAUGGGUAUUGCUGGAUCUGAUGUCUCCAAACAGGCUGCUGACAUGAUCCUCCUGGAUGACAACUUUGCCUCAAUUGUUACUGGAGUGGAGGAAGGCCGCCUAAUCUUUGACAACUUGAAGAAAUCAAUUGCUUACACCUUGACGAGUAACAUUCCUGAGAUCACUCCAUUCCUCCUCUUUAUUAUUGCAAACAUCCCUCUUCCUCUGGGCACAGUCACCAUCCUCUGUAUUGAUCUUGGCACGGACAUGGUUCCUGCUAUCUCCUUGGCUUAUGAGGCUGCUGAGAGUGACAUUAUGAAGAGGCAGCCCAGAAACCCCAAAACAGACAAGCUAGUGAAUGAAAGGCUGAUUAGCAUGGCCUAUGGACAGAUUGGUAUGAUUCAGGCCCUUGCUGGCUUCUUUACCUAUUUUGUCAUUCUGGCUGAGAAUGGAUUUUUGCCAUCCACAUUGCUGGGUAUACGUGUGUUUUGGGAUGACAAGUAUAUCAAUGACCUUGAAGACAGCUACGGUCAGCAGUGGACAUAUGAGCAGAGAAAGAUUGUGGAGUUCACAUGCCACACUGCUUUCUUUAUCAGUAUUGUAAUUGUGCAAUGGGCUGACUUGAUUAUCUGUAAGACCAGGAGGAAUUCAGUCUUCCAGCAAGGAAUGAAGAACAAAAUUCUCAUCUUUGGCCUGUUUGAGGAGACGGCCCUUGCCGCCUUUCUGUCCUACUGCCCAGGCAUGGACGUUGCCCUCAGAAUGUACCCCCUCAAACCAAACUGGUGGUUCUGUGCAUUCCCCUAUUCACUUCUCAUCUUUAUUUAUGAUGAAAUCCGGAAACUUAUCAUCCGGCGCAGUCCAGGAGGUUGGGUGGAGAGAGAGACCUACUACUAAAGCAUCCAGAUGACAUCACACACAUUUUUGCAUGGCUGUCUUGCUGCUUGGAAUUUUAACCUCAGUAAUUUGGAUAUA